AUGUUGGAAGAUCUGCAGAAGAAAAAGAGAGUGAAGUCCAAGCAAGAUCAGCUCGUGAGUUCUUUCAACAUUGUGCGACAAAUACAGAUGGAAACAGACCCCGAUGAGUUGCUUGAGAUAUACAACGCCUUGAAGAACGAGACAAACGUUGAUCAUGAGAACUUAGCUGUUCUAUCAGCUCAAGUGGCACUGUUCAAUCGGUUCGCGUUUUUAGCGGCACGCCAGGACGGACACAGGCUCACCAGUGAUGACCGUGUCGUGGCUGCCACAGGACACUUAGCCAAUAUUAUCAGAUGGAAGAGUAAGCUGUGUGAGCCAACUCAUUUGGCAACUACUGUCCAUGGUAUUGCAACUCUUGGACUCAAUGAUAUUUCAUAUUUUAUUCACUUUGAAAGAGAAAUCAAGAGUCGUGAUCCUACUUUGUUCACAAAUGCUGACCUUGCAAUGAUUCUCUGGGCUUAUGGUAAAGCACAGUUCCGUGCAAGGCACCUUUACAAAAUUAUUAGGAAUGAAAUAAUGGCGAGGGAUUUGUCGACUUUUAAGGUCAAGGAAAUCUGCCAAUUUUUGUGGUCUUAUGCACGGACACUGGAAAAAGGUGCCAAGCUUUUUGCAGUUUUGAGAGAAGAAAUAUUGAGACGUGAUUUGACGGAAUUUGAGGAAAGGUCACUAAGUAUCAUACUCUGGUCAUUUUCAGAAGUUGGAUUGAAUGUGAAACCUCUUUUCAGGUGUAUUAAGCAGGAGAUUUUGCAGCGAGGGCUAGCGUGCUUCACUAAUCAGCAACUUGCACAGAUUGCCAGUUCAUACGCACAACAAAAUAUACGAUCUCCUGAUCUGUUCCAAGAAAUUUCUGCUGAGAUCAUUGAGCGUGGUGAUCUGGACUUUGCACCGGUUGGGGUAGUCAUGAUUGCUAACAGUUUUGCCAAGACUAAAAAUUACAUCCGGGAUCUCUUCAAACUCAUUGAAAGCCAUCUUAUGACACAGGAUUUGUCAGUGUACGAACCUCUGCAACUUGUAAGAUUCCUCUGGGCAUUUACCAAUGCCUCUCUUAUGACAGAGCCACUGUUUGACAAGUUAACAAAGGAAAUUCUUCUGACUGAUUUUUCAAGCUUGAAUGACUUGGCUUUGGAGGAGCUGGUGAAGUCACUGGAAGGCAGUCAUCUCAGAGCACCUGAACUUGUGGCCGCAACAGAAGCAGAACUUGUUAGGAGAUCGGAGGCACCAGUAUAA